AGUCGCAAAGCAGGCUUGACACGGGAGCCAUGGGUGCUUUCCCGAACAAGGCAGCCGCCCGGGCGCACAUCGCGAAAGAAGAAGAGGAGAAGAGGAAGUUCCAUGAACACCAGAUGGCCGUCCUUCAAGAGUUGGAUCGGGGGACCAAGGCGAGGAAUGUGGCAUAAGAACAGGGGCCAGGGGCCCAAAAAGGGGUCAUUUUUUGGCUUAGCUCUUUGAGACGGGCGGCUGGUGUUUCUUCUGGCCUUCAAGGUGCCUCACCUUCUCAUCGAGUUCCGAAGUCCUGGUUUUUUCGAGAUUUGUGGCAAGGAUUUGGGCGGAAUCUACGGCAAGCUUGAUGCCUUUCUCAAAGAAACCUUUGGGUGCGAGGAGUGCACGCUGGCUAUGAAGAGCUAUCCCUCAUGCUGCUGCUUCAAGUGGUAUGAGAUAGGGCAGAGGCCCCUCCCCCGCGAGCCUUGGGAUGACUUGUGCGACAGGAUCUACAUUUGUGGGCAGAUGGAUUCCAACGGCAUGGUGAAGAGCAAGGACGGGUUUCAGUUUGACUGGAACUUCGGGAAGAAGUCCAUGCAAAUCGUCGACUUCAUGACCAAUACCUGCGGCUGGGGUUUUCAGCUUUGCGAUGGUAGCAAUUUCGGAAGAUACGGCAGCCACAAGGAGCAGCAACUCAAGUUCAGAGCUCCACAUCCCUUGAACUUCAUCGCGCCUCAUAUCAUGAUCGAGCUCAGGCACGUGGGCGCCGGCUCCAUCAAGGUGAGCGGUCGGAAUGAGGAUGGCAUUCACGGCAAGCUCGCGGCAUGGUUCACGAAGACCUGGGAUGCUAAGCAGUUGGCCAACCAGGACCUCAGAUUCUGCGAUAUGACCUUCAACGUCAAGUGCUUCAAACGCCGAGGAGUGCAAGGCGAGAACAACCUUGGGCUGCGGACCAUGCAGGUCGUGGACUUUAUGACCAGGGAGUGCUCUUGGACCUUGCUGACUUGCAACAGCCACAAUUCGGGUUGGACCGGGGAAGAGCGCGAGCAACAGCUUGUGUUCCGCAAGGAUCAUCACCUGCAGCAAGGACAGCAACACAUCAUGGUCGAAUACCGCGAUUUUGGAUUCAUUGAAGUAAACGGGCUUCAUGAUGCUGGAGAUAUUGGUGCGAAGCUGGACGGUUUCUUCGUGAGGCAAAACAUCAAGGAGCAGAACGACGCCGAAAUGUUUUGCGACAAGAAGUAUAACGUGCCGAGCGGCUUCUUCUACCUAGAAUGGCAGGAUAAACCGAACGCAGUCCUGAGCCCGAAGAACAAUAUUGGCAAGCGGACGAUGGAGCUUGCAAACUUCAUGGCAAGUCAGGGCUGGAUGCUGUUGCUUUGUAACUUUGGGACCAUGUACGUGAAAGCGCCGAAAGGUAUGUACGCCAACCCUAAGCGGGAGCAGCAGAUCAAAUUCACCAAAGCACAAGCUGGCGAAAAGGCCGACUUGCCGCUUCUGAUGAUCCAGUUUCGCACCAUUCCGCUCGACGCCUGGGGCAAGUACGUAGGAUUUAUCGAAAUCAAUGGCCAGGACUGCGGCGGCGUCCUUGAGAAACUGGAUUCUUACCUCAAAAGGACCAUGAGGGCACGCCCGAAGGACCGGCCGCCGUAUUGCGACAUCCUCUACGAGACUGAUGUUUUCAAUUUGAAGGAGGUUUCAUCUGAAAAUGGACACUUGCAGAGCAUGGGGAAGCUGGCGGGUGAAAGCAACUUCGGAAGGUACACCAUGCGCUUGUGCGAUUUCAUGGUUGGCCAUGUCGGGACAUGGGAGCUGGUGGUCUGCAAUGGGAACACCACAGACUCUACUUUCAAGAUUGACCGCGAGCUCUCUUACGCCGUUUGUGCGCGUGAGCAGCAGCUCAUUUUUCGAUACCGCCCCGAUGGCCGCAACGUCUUCAUGGCCGAGCCCGGAACGCAAGGAGCGCUGGGCCGACCACCCCUAGAAGCUCCAGGUUACUGGAAAGAUGACGCCAAAGCCGGGACCGUGGUGAAGAACUUGAUUCCAGCCGGCGCCGAAGAGCUCGCGUGGAUCCAGGAUCUUCUUGAUGCCACCUACAAGGCAAAGGCCACCAGGGACAGGUCCGUGAAGUUGGCUGACCGCUUCGUGGUGGUGAAUGCUCUGCGUUCGGAACACCCUGAGCUCUGGGAGAAGUUUGCGCAGAGACGCACGGAGGUCAGCCGCAAUUGCAACGAACGAUCCGAGAGGGCCUUCAUUGAGCCUAAGACCAGGCAGGCCAGUGAGGCCUUGGCAUCGAAGUGCAAGGAUGCGGCCGGCGCCAAUCCUGCCAACGAGGCAUACUUACUUCACGGAUCCAACCCCACAUCGGCCAUUUCCAUCCUUUCGACAUCCUUCAAGGUGGACUUGGCGGGUGCCUCGGUGGGCACAAUGUUUGGGCCUGGCGUAUAUCUAGCGGAGUCCUCGAGUAAAGCGGAUGAGUAUGCCAGGGACGAGAACACUGGUGGCACCUACGAUGGCCUUUUCGCGGUGAUGCUUUGCCGUGUGGUGCUCGGGAGCUCCCUGCUCGUGGAGAAGCCAGGCGAUUACAGCGCGAAAUGCACCUCGGGAGAAUUCCAUAGCGUGGUCGGAGACCGAGAGAAGGCGGUCGGCACCUUUCGGGAAUUCAUCGUCUUUGACGAGAAGUCCAUCUACCCAGAAUACGUCGCCCUCUACCGCCGCGAGUACACCGACGGCUACGCCUCUCCACAUGUGCCAGGUGACGAGGUUCGCGAACACCGCGAGGGCGAGGUGGUUUCCACUGUUUGAGGUUUCACAGGUCACCUGGAGCAGGAAAUUGCCUGCCCUUGUCCAGAGGUUUGGAUGCACAAGCGCAUCUGUUUUUUUCAUGAAUCCAUUUAGGAUUUGCAGAGAUGCAAACCAUUUUGCUGUGACAAUGUCUACAUGUUGAUACAUUUUUGCCGGGGAGGUUUUUCCUUGGAAUUGCACAAUGGGAUUGCUCUCUGUCCAAAACUAGAUGAAAUGGACAUGAUAGACUGCAAGCCUGCAUAUCUCUGCUUAAGUCUGCUG